AUGAAGCGAACAAGGGAGGGCGAGCUGAAAGCCGACGGGGAGGCGGACUCGAAGGAGGCCGUGCAGCCGGAAAAGAAAAAGCUUAGGAAGGAUCUCAAGCCCGCGGAGGUCCUUUCGCGCCUCAUCCUGCGAAGAAUCAUCAAAGAAAAUCACGCGUCGCCAAUCAAGCAAAUCGCCUUCAAUUUCACCAAGCUCGCCAAUUCCAACCUUGUGGCUACUGUGGGAGGCAACCAGGCGAGCGUGUACGACAAUGAACACGGCGUGGCCAAAAACGCUGGUCACCUCGAUCUCAUGAUCAACUACGUCAAUCCGGGGAAGAAAGCAGAGCUAAACACAUGCGCGUGGCUGGGCGACCUGGACCCUGACGAUGAGGGUCAAGACACCGACACCUACCUGGCGGUCGGUAGCAACGACUCGCUCAUCCACAUCAUUAGCAUUGCUCGCUGCCGAGUCAUCUGCGUCCUGCAAGGGCACAAGGGCGCUGUGAUCGAUUUGGCCGUGCACCCGCAGCGAUCGGGGUGCCUCCUGUCGGUGGGUGCGGACAACACGGUGCGUCUGUGGGACUGCCGCAAUCCCUACGGCGAGCCGGAAAAGAGCUGCCUCGCCACCUUCGAGACCAGCGCCAUCGUGGCGACCUUCUCACCUGAGGGCACUCGUUUCGUGACCGGCGGUUCGGGCGGAGCGCUGCGGGAGUGGGCCAUUCCCGGCGAGUACCUCGAUGACGAGGAGGAGAAGACGAUCGGGAGAACGAUCACCGAGUGCAAGCUGCUGCCCAAGAAGCAUCGAGUGGACGUGGAUUGCGUGCGCGCUGUGGGUGGGCACUACGUUUCGAAGGACAUCGAGGGCAAAAUUGUGGUCUGGCAGGCAAUGGACAGCGAGAUUGUGCGCACCAUCCGUGUGCCUGACUGCAGGCUGAACUCGCGAAGUCGGUUCGACGUCAGUGAGGAUGGCGAGUUCCUGUGCGCGGGCAACAGCGCCGGAGCGGUGUUCAUCUACGACCUGCACGAGGGCACGCUCAUCUCCAAGCUCCAGUCGGGCCGCAGCAAGCACCCGGCACACGGCUGCGUCUUCUCCCGCCACUGCCAGUUGCGUGCCGCCUCUCGUCUUCCCGGCCUCUUCGAGCAUGUGGCGCUGGUGUGUGCGGAGCCGUUCAUCUAUCGCUGGUCUAUGCCCGACGAGACGGAGGAGACGAUCGCUGCCGCGGCCAAGGAGGAGGAGGAGAAGGCUGAUGAAGAUGCGAAGGACGAGAGUGCGGCGGAGAAGGAGAACGGUGAAGAGGACGCGUAA